AUGGCUAAGCUACAACCUGACAAUGUGGUUGCUGUCAAGAAACUUCAUUCAUCAUCCGAGAAUGUUGAUCAUAGUGGUUUCCUUAAUGAGGUACGGGCACUAACGAACAUAAGGCACCGAAACAUAGUGAAACUCUAUGGGUAUUGCUCCCAUGCCCGCAACUCAAUUUUGAUUUAUGAAUACCAUGAAAAUGGCAGCCUUGGAUCUAUUUUAAAAAGCGAUGUAUUAGCAAAAGAAUUGGAUUGGUUAACAAGGGUCAAUAUUGUAAAGGGCGUUGCUAAUGGUUUGGCUUAUAUGCAUCACGAUUGUUCACCGCCUAUACUGCAUAAAGACAUUUCCAUAUCCAACAUCCUUCUUGAUUCUGAUUAUGAGGCACGCAUUUCUGAUUUUGGCACAUCCAAGCUUUUAAAGCUAGACUCAUCAAACUGGACCGCAGUAGCAGGAACCUAUGGUUAUAUCGCUCCAGAACUUGCUUAUACGAUGGUGGCAAAUGAGAAAUGUGAUGUGUAUAGCUUUGGAGUUGUUGCACUAGAAGUGGUCAUGGAAAAGCAUCCUGGAGAACUCAUAACAUCCUUACCAACAUUAUCUGAUGAUCAUCUGGUGUUAGCAAAUGUGGGAGACAGCCGGAUACCACCUCCCUCAUCCCAAGUUGAGAAAGAAGUUAUGUUAUCAGUUUCACAACCCUAUGACACCACCACCCUUUCCCCAUCUUUCUCUAAAAACCAUCGUCUACAACUAUCAUCAUCUUGGCUGCCAGCCAAUGCCGCCAUCAUCUACAUCAUCGACUCUUCAUGCUAUGCGAUCCAUCCUAAACCACCCACAGUGAAAGAUGACAGGAGCACGGGAGGAGAACACUUUGGAAACGGAAAUAAGAAUUGA